AUGUUUUUAUGCUCUGGAACGACUGCAAGAUGUCUCGGUGUAAUACUUCUUGGAUUAGCUAUUCUCUGUUUCUGUGUGAACGUAUUGCUCUUUUUCCCAAACGGUGACACACGCUAUGCUAAGAAGAAUGUAUCAUCAACUGUGUGGUAUUUGGGAGGAGUUAUUGGCUCUGGAAUUUUGCUAUGCUCACUAAUUUUCACUGUGCUCGGAGUGAUUGGAUCUGCAUAUGGUUUCAUUGUGUCAUCUGUGGCGUUAGACGUUGGUCCAUUAUGCCGUGUGACACAGUUGGGAGAGUGGAGACAUCCAUUUUACAAGGGGAAUUACCUGAAUGAUCCCAAUUUAUGGAUCAAGUGUCUGGAACCUGAAAAUGUGAUCCCUUGGCAUGUCAGGUUAUUCUCCAUCUUGCUUGUGACCAGUGCCGUUCAGUUCAUUAUUUGUGUCGCUCUACUCGUCAACAUUCUGUUUGGAAUGUUCUGCAGAGAUUGUAAUUGUUUCAAGCGGAAAGAUAAUGGCCCGAACUUUGUUAUCAAUGAUAAAGAAACGCCGCUUGCCAUUCACCUUGCUGGGCAGUUGCCACAGAUUUUUCAUGGCUUAUCAGCAGAGAUUUCCACUAAUCGGGCAUCUUAUCCAUCCCGGUGCCCCUACAGGGGAUCGGUGGCAUGGUUAUGA